AUGAACGAUGGGUGGCCCGGCCCCAGCAGCGCCCAGCGGCACCUGGCGGAGUCGGCCCAGUCGGUGCCGCGGGUGGACGGCGCGGCGCUGGCGGAAGACUGGGACCGCUCUGAACCUUUGUGCCUGCAAGGCCUCACUGCGGAUUGGUCCAUCACCCGGCAGCAGAUGGAGGCGAGCAAGGCGAUCUUUCGGCUGCGCCGGAGUUCCACGCUCCACGAGCACGGCUACGCAGGGCCCAUGGAGCGGGAGGUGACAUUGGCGGAGUAUUUCCAGGACGCGUUGCAGGGCACAGACGCGGUGAUCUUUGAGAACGACUUCUUGGGUCAAGCACCCGUAGGCCAAGGCUUCUUGGUGCCCAAAGUGCUGCAAGACAUCCACGGCAAGCCCCUGUUCAGCGCGGGCCGGCAGGACACGGGGGUGGGCCUGCAUCGGCACAAUGAGAGCUGGCUCGCCCAGAUCGAGGGGCGUAAGGCUUGGAUUUUGGUCCCACCGGACUCCCCGCGGCCCACGGAGAAAGCGCCGUGGCAGUACUUCUCGGAACGGCCGGGGAGGUCCCAGGUCUGCGUGGUGCUCCCGGGGGAGAUCCUCUUCGUUCCCCGGGGCUGGUGGCAUGGAACUUGGAACCUGGACGACAGCUUCGCUGUGGGUUGGGAGGCGGCGGAGUUUCCGUCGGAGGCGGUGGCGGCGGUGCUGAAGAAUGACUCGGACGCCCUGCAGCGCUUGGAGGGGGAGGAGCGCCUGUGGGCCUUGGAGCUUUGCGCGCGCAGCGGGAACCUGGAGAUGCUGAAGCAGCUCCAUGCGAUGGAGCCCGUGGGCCCGGAGCAGGCGCCCGCAGUGGCCAUCGCGGCGGCAAGGAGCGGCCAGGUGCCCAUUCUGGACUUCUUAGCGAGCAGCGGGCUCGAGGAGAUGAUGCUGCUGCAUAGGCACUGGUGGCUGCCGGCGUCGGGGUGCCGGGGCACCACCGCCUUGCACGAAGCGGCGAGCUGCGGCCAUGUGGCGGCCGUCCGGUGGCUCCUGCAACACGGCGAGGCGGAAACCGUGGCGGAGGAGGACGACGCGGGCUGCGUGGCGCUGCAUUUGGCGGCCACCCACGGGCAGCACCUGGCCUUGAAGGCCUUGCUGCACGCCAGGUGCCACCCAGACACAGUUCACGAAGCUUCCGGCACUACGGCAUUGCACCAAGCAGCGUUUGGCGGCCACGCGCCCGCCGCGGCCGUGCUUCUGUCGGCCCGCGCGGCGGUCAAUGCCGGCGACGCGCUGCAGCAGACGCCGCUGCACUAUGCUGCCUUGCGUGGGCAUUGCGAUGUGCUGCGUGUGCUCUUGGAGCACAAGGCCCAGGUCAACUGCGCAGACUUGCGCCGGAAAACGCCGCUGCACCACUGUGCCGAGGGCUUUCAGCUGCAGCGCGAGGUGCUGGUACCUUUGGUCUCGGCCUCUCCGGCAUCCCUGGACCGCAACCUGCCGGCGCUGCAGCUGCUGCUGGCCGCCCGCGCGGAACUUCGCCAGGUGGACCAAGACGGCCGCACAGCCUGUGAGCUUGCCUUGGCAGCCGGCCACACAGAUGUUGUGGCCUUGCUGACACCUGCUGCGCAAAAAGGGCCGGUGGGCCGGUGGGCCGCGGAGAAGCAGCAAUCUCAGUUUGCCGAUUCAGAUGUCCUGAGCUCGGCUUUGCGGCAGGAUGCUGUGCACGUGUUUGAGCCGCAGCCAGCGGGGCUGGUGCCCUGCUUCCGCAGCGAAGUGGCCCGCAAGAGCACCGAGCCCAGGUUCAAGUACGCGGGCAUCACAGCAGCACAAGUCUGCCGGGGCUUGGAAGACCAGGACGUGAUUCUCACCAUCGAGGAUUGGAACCGCUUGAGCGCCCCCUUGGUGCUGGGAGAAGCCGUGACCAGCUUCGCGGAGCUAUGGAAGGCAGCAGGGGAGCGCAGUGUGAAGCUGCCCAUUUGCAAGCGCCAAGGCCCAAGGCUGGAGGGCUUGACCAAAUGCACCUUCAACCAGAUCAAGCGGAUGCGGCGCGUGGCGGGCAGAAGGGAGCCGCGGCGCACCACGGGCUUCGCGCAGCUCACACGGCUGGGGAGCGUCUUGAGCCGCGCCACGGUGACGAAGAGCAGCUCCCGCAGCCGCUCCAGCUCCGCGUCCCCGGUGCCCUCCAAGGAGCUACGAGCUUCCCCGAGCAAGGAGAGGCAGAGCUACGCGCUAGCCCGCUCCUCCACCCUCGUCAGCAUCAGCAAGGAGAGCAACGCGCGCUCCGGGGGCAGCGAGGAGUCGGGCUCCAAGGAGGCCGCGCGCCAGGCCUCUAAGGUCUCGCGGGCCUCCUCCCGGGACGCGGUGGCGCGGGGGCAAAGCUUGAAGCGCGGCGCCUCCAAGACGCUGAGCCGCAGCUUCUCGCUGCGGAAGACCUUGAACGCCCUGACCGGGUGGUCGGAGGAGGACUCGACCUCCCAGCCGGGCGGAACAACGCUGCGAAAUCUCGCCGCGUAUCAGUCCACCAUGUCCAUGACACGGACCAACGGUACGGCAGGCGUUUCCGCCAGCGACCGCACGCUCUUCUUUGGACCCGUGGUGGGACAGCUUACCAUUGAGCAACUGAUCCUGGAGCGGAGUUACACUUUCCUGGACUACGUCCGAGGCGGCUUGGAGCUCCGGAUGAUGCUGGGCAUUGACUUCACACGGUCCAACAUGGAUACUAUGAACCCCGAGUCCCUGCACAGUCUCUGUGAGAAAGAGCUGGCCACCGCCUACGAAGACGCCAUUUGCGCCCUGGGCCAGGUGCUGAGGAGCUACGACACGACGGGGCACUACUCGGUCUAUGGCUUCGGGGCAAAGAUCCCGCCGAGCCACACUGUCUGCUCCAACUGCUUUGCCCUGACGGGGGACUUUCUGCAUCCCCAGGCGCGGAUCGGAAUUUGGAGAGGGAGGCCGCAGUGGCACCGCUGGUACGGACGGAUGCCGAUCCUGCGCGCCGCAUGCCAAGGGGUGGGUAUGGAUGAAAAGCGCGGCAUGUUCGGCGCCGGCGUGGCGGCCAAAUUGAAGACGGCGCUCACGGCUCGCGAAGCGCGGGUCCAUGCAGUGAGCCUGGUGCUCAAAGAACUGACGGAGGAAGCGAAAUGA